AUGAAAGAACUCGCAGAUAAUCCACUUCUUGAUUCACAAGAUGAGCUUGAAUCAGUAGAGCGCGAAAGUGAAGUUCCUUUUUAUAAAAAGAAUUAUUUUAUUUAUGGAACUAUGAUUUGUAAUUCUAUUUUGAUUGGAGCAAUCAUCAGCAUGAUCAUUACAUUUUCAGUUAACUCCAAAGUAUCAUCUAUCUCCAAUCAAUAUGAUACACUUCCAAAUUGUGAAUCAUAUUCAUCAUUCACUUGCAAUGGUUCAUCAUCUUCAAUGGAUUACAAAUAUUAUAAUAAUACUUGGAACACUCCAAAGCGCGGUCAAGAUCUAUGGAAGCCAGGAUUCCAGGAUAUGUCUACCUUAGUAGGAUAUGCACAAUUAAAGUAUGCUUCUGGAAUGAAAUCAUGCACAGUAAAUAUUCUUACCAAGACAUCAACAUCACUCAAUUUAACAUAUUAUUUUGAUGAUGUUGCACAAACAUCAAAUUCAAAGACAUUUGAUUCCUCUUACACAAAAACACUCUCAGUCAAAGUUGUUGCCGAAUCAGGAGAGACUCUUAUACUCGACGGUGUUGACUUCAUUUGGAAUGUAGCGUCAAUUAAGUCUCGUGAUUAUGAUUACAGAAAAGGACAGAAAGGAGCAAUUGUUGAACUCUUUGGUUGGCCAGAUGAUGAUGUUGCACAAGAAUGCAAGUUCAUUGCCGAUGCAGGUUACAUGGGCGUAAAAAUAUUCCCACAUCAAGAGCAAAUCAUGUCAUAUCAACCAAUGGAAAACAUGAUGAAUCCUUGGUAUUUCAUGUAUCAGCCAGUAUCAUAUAGAUUACAAGGAAGAAUGGGAACUCGCGACCAACUUAGAACUAUGAUAAAUACAUGCAGAGCUUUAGGUGUCAGAGUUUAUGCUGAUGCUGUUGUUAACCAUAUGUCAGGCAAUGGUAAUGAUUUAUCAAAUCACAGAAAUUCAGGUUCAGGUUGCACAACAUGGGGAAAUAAGACAUCAUCUGCUUAUGAAAAUGGUUCUCCAUAUUAUACACCAGCUUACACUUAUGAAACAAAUCCAAAUACAGGAAGAGGAACAAAUGUUUUGGAAUAUCCAGGCGUUCCUUAUGGUCCAGAAGAUUUCCAUUGUGACAAGGCUCUCAACUCAUGGAAUGAUGCAAACAUUCUUGAUAGCGGUUGGCUUUCAGGUCUGGCAGACUUAGAUACAUCUAAGGAAUAUGUUAGACAAAGAAUUGCAGAUUUCAUGAUUGAUCUCAUUUCAAUCGGAUUCUCUGGAUACAGAGUUGAUGCUGCAAAGCACAUUAGACCAACUGAUUUAGCUGCAAUCUUUGGCAAAGUUAAGGAAGGAUUAGGAGGCUCUUUACCAGACGAUUUCAUUUCAUGGUUAGAAGUUCUCACAGGUGGUGAAUCUCAACUAUUAGUUCAAGGUGAUGGUGAUUACUCAUUUACAGGCGGAUUGACUAAAUAUCUUAAGGCAAAUAACUUCACUGAUGAUGAUGUUCUAAAGAUCAAGAUUUGGUGGAGCGGAUAUCCAUCUGAGCCAAACAAUGAUAAUGGAUCCCUUGACAUCAGACGUAAAGCAAUUCAAAAUGAUGAUCAUGAUCAACAAUCUGAUGGUUCAUCAUCAAGAGAUAUGCAUGAUCAAGGUUGUGUUCUCAUCAAAGGAUGUGAUGCUUCUACACAUAGAAGCUUUGAAGUUAAACUGUUCGAAUCUCCAAAUGGACUAUCCAAUCAGAAUGGUCCUUUCAUCAUACUAUAA